AAAAAAAAAACUCAAAUAAUGCAAUGACCCAAAAAUACUCGGAGUGUCGCUAUUCACCAAGACUGCUGUAUAUCUCCACCCACACCUAAUAUAUGUAAUAUGAGUUCGUCUUCGAGAAUACACGACGAACAAAAUAGAGUAACCGUACGUCGACGCUGAUAGAAUUAUUGAAUUAUCAUCUAGUCAGUAACUGAUAAGAAAUUUCCACGUUAGCUCUUCAAAAAUGGAAUACAGAUUAUUUUCGGUUUCUUUUUUGUCGAUUUUCGUGGCUUUCCUUCUUUAUCCUUGGAAAACCAUCUGUUUAGACCUGAGCUACAAUAUUCCGGAAGAAACGAAGCGCCAUUAUGUGAUUGGAAAUAUAGCCAAGGAUCUCAGAAUGGAUGUGAAAAAAUUGUCUGCUCGUAAGUCUCGGAUAGACACGGAGGACAGCAGCAAACGGUACUGUGAUGUUAAUCUGAAUACUGGUGAUUUAAUCGUGGCAGAGACAAUAGACCGAGAGGAGCUUUGUGGAUCACAAAAUCCCUGCAUUCUCAGUUAUGAGCUCGUCCUGGAAAACCCUCUUGAAGUGCACCGUAUAAUUCUACAAAUUGAUGAUAUAAAUGACAACGCACCACGAUUUUCCAAUGAACGCAUUGUCUUUGAAAUUACAGAAUCAGCAAUUAAAGGCCAGCGAUUCCGUUUGCAUGAGGCACAUGAUUCAGAUAUCGGUCGCAACGCUGUUAAUGGCUAUUCAAUUGAAAAAAAUCAACAUUUUAUAUUGUCUGUACAUGAUACUGCAGAUGGAGGAAAAUACGCUGAACUAGUGUUGGAAAAGGAGUUGGAUCGUGAGCAGCAGAAGGAGAUAGAUAUGAUACUCACAGCCACUGAUGGUGGUUCACCACAGAGAUCUGGAACUGCUGUCAUACACAUCACUGUUCUCGAUGCUAAUGAUAAUGUGCCAGUGUUUAGUGAGUCUGUUUAUAAAGUCACUGUGGCUGAAAAUACACCUUCAGGAACAGAGAUAAUCAAAGUGAGCGCCACUGAUGCUGAUGAAGGUCCUAAUGGGGAAGUGACAUAUGAAUUCAGCAGAAUAUCAGAUAAAGCAGUACAAUUAUUUUCAAUUGAUAAGACAACGGGACAAAUUGUGGUGAUCGGAGAAAUUGAUUAUGAAAAAGUCAAAAAGUACGAAGUAGGAAUUUAUGCCCAAGAUGCCUUUGGGCUGUCAUCAACUGCUAAAAUUAUAAUAGAUAUAACUGAUGUUAAUGAUAAUCCACCUAGAAUCAUCCUUAAAUCUUUGAAUAAUCCAGUACCUGAAAACUCUGAGCCAGGAACCGAGGUGGGAAUCAUUAAUGUUCAAGACAAAGACUCAGGAGAAAAUCGGCAGAUUCGUUGCUCUGUUCAGCAAAAUGUUCCUUUCAAACUGAACCCAUCUGUUAAAAACUAUUUCUCUCUAGUAACUACAAAAGCUCUAGACAGAGAGAAAGAAUCUGAUUAUAAUAUUACCAUCACAGCCACAGAUGGGGGAUCUCCACCACUAUCCACCUCCAUGAUAAUUAAUUUAUUUGUCUCAGAUGUGAAUGACAAUCCUCCUGUGUUUGAACAGCAGUCCUACAGCACUUAUAUAAGUGAAAAUAACAAACCAGGAACUUCUGUUUGUUCUGUCAGUGCAAAUGACCCAGACUGGAGACAGAACGGUACUGUACUGUACUCUCUGGCUCCCAGUGAAGUCAAUGGGGUCCCAGUGUCCUCCUUUCUAUCUAUUAAUGGAGAUACAGGGGUGAUUCAUGCUGUAAGAUCAUUUGACUAUGAGCAGUUCAGAAACUUCACUGUCAAAGUUGUUGCCAGAGACAAUGGAUCUCCACCGCUCAGCAGUAACGUGACUGUGAAAGUCUUCAUAACAGAUGAGAAUGAUAACUCUCCACAGAUAUUAUACCCUGUCCCUGAUGGAAAGUCUUUAAUGACUGAAAUGAUCCCUAAAGUGUCUCUCUCAGGCUCUCUGGUGUCCAAGGUGAUCGCUGUAGAUGCUGACUCUGGACAGAAUGCAUGGCUGUCCUAUCAGAUUGUCAAAUCUACUGAUCCUGGACUUUUCUCCAUUGGUCUCCACAGUGGAGAGAUCAAAACACAACGAGACAUUUCUGAAUCUGACAAUAUGAAGCAGAAUCUUGUUAUUUCAGUGAAGGAUAACGGACAGCCCUCUCUGUCCACCACCUUCGCUGUAAAUUUACUAAUUUCUGACAACCUUUCUGAAGUUCCUGAACUUAAAGAUAUGACUUAUGAGGACAACAACUCUGAACUGACAUCAUAUUUGAUCAUUGCAUUAGUUUCUGUGUCCACUUUCUUCCUGACGUUCAUCAUUCUGAUCGUGGCAGUGAAGUUUUGUCACAGGAGAAAGCCCAGACUGUUGUUUGAUGGAGCAGUUGCUGUUCCCAGUGCCUAUCUCCCUCCCAACUAUGCAGAGGUGGAUGGAGCAGGAACUCUCCGCAGCUCUUACAAUUAUGACGCGUAUCUAACCACAGGCUCGCGCACCAGUGACUUUAAGUUUAUCAAGUCUUACAAUGAAAACACAAUUCCUUUUUCUCAGACUUUGUGUUGUGAUGAAAAAUCAACAAACACAUGUAGCUACACCAGUGGCGAAGGACUCAGCUACCCCACUCUGGUAAGAACAAAUUCCCUUUUCUGUUAAAAAUGUGUUAAUGCCUCUGAAAUGCAAUGAUUAGUACAUAUGAACAAAGUCAAUGUUUUCUUAUAAGAUUUUAAUUGGAGGAAGCAAAUGUAUAUAUAUAUAUAUAUAUAUAUAUAUAUAUAUAUAUAUAUAUAUAUAUAUAUAUAUAUUAUGUGUGUAUAUAUGUGUGUAUAGUUGUGCAGGGUAUUUCUCUCUAAAUGAUAAACAACAACAUCAACACUUUGUCACGAUAAUACGCACUGCCAAAACUUUGUGCAGCUAAUGAAAAUCCCUGAAAUUGUAAUAAAGUAAUUAAGACAAAACAAUGUAUGAUGAUUUUUAGUGGUUAAAAAUAAAAUAAAUACUGCCCAGUUAUCAAUAGAGUCUGCCGUGGGGCCUUAUGCAUAGGAUGGGGGGCUUUUAUCUAUGAUAGGUGAAAGACCUCUGCCUUUAUAUUUACUGUAUUAUGAAUUACACUGUCAGUUAAAAAGUAAAUCAAGAGUAAUAUUAUGACUAUCAUAUUAAUUAAAAGGGGGCUUUUAGCCUUGUCAUACCCAAAUGUGUUUGCCUAAUAUGUUUGCCAGAUGUGUAUUGCCAUUUUGAUUCCAAAUGCAACACAUGAACAACACUCAUAGUACAAAAUCUAAUGUCACACAGUGGCACACUGUCAGUGCAAAAAAUGCAAUAAUAGAGUAAAAAUAAUUGUGUAACUUUACUUAAAAAAAAACAAAAAAAAAAAAAAAAAACGGGUAAGUAAACAGCUUAAUCUUGAUGUUUAUUCAAAAAUCACUUUCUUCUGAUGUUCCCAACCAACGUAAAAAUAUUUUUCAGUGGACCUUAUGCUUACAUGUAAGUAUUUUGCGAAGAAAGAAACACAAACAGCAUGGAAAUAGUGGUUACUUUGUCUAAACUUGCAAGUGCAGCUGCAGGAAUAGCCCGCCUGUGUGGCGCUGUCCACUCAAGUGGUGCUGAAACGCUCGCUUCACUCUAGGCUGCUUUCGGUCUCCCCCUGCUCAUGGUUGAUUCCUUUUUUGUAAGAGGAUCAUGCAGUCUUGUACGGAUAAAGAGCAUUUUAACCACUAAUAUGAAUGAUAAUGUAAUGCUUUUACUUUUAAAGAGGAUAGAUAUAACAACAUGUUAAUAUUUCUAUAAAUUGCAGUUGAUCUAUGCGCUUUUAUCAACGACCUCCACACACAGCAAUGCCUGCUCAAACGUCGGUUCUGCUGCACUUCUCACUGACG